AUGCCCGCGCCUUCCCUGGUGAGCGCCGUCGUCAAGCGGCCCUGGCUCACCAAGCUCUUGACUCCGUUGGCCGGCUGGUACGCCAAUGCCGCCGGCUAUCGCCAGAUGGGCCUGCGCGCCGACGACCUGAUUGUCGAGGAGAACGAGACGGUGCUCAAGGCGCUGCACCGCCUGUCACCCAAGGAGAGCUACGACCGCAUCUACCGGAUCCGCCGCGCCACCCAGCUCAGCUUGCAACACAAACUCCUGCCAAAGUCGGAGUGGACAAAGCCCGAGGAGGAUGUCCCGUACCUGACGCCGAUCAUCGAGCAGCUCCACGCCGAAGACAAGGAGAGGAAGGAGCUCGACACUGUGGUUGUCCUCAAGAAACACUAG